CGGCGGCUAUGCUCGCAGGUGGUGGAGUCGGUGUGCGAAAAGGUCUCUCCUUUGCCUUGACAAGAUUCUGCCUACUUUUUCAGCCUAAUCUCGAUUUGUCCUCCAUGUGAUCGGCUGUCUGUCAAGAGAUUGUUACAUCUGUCGUCAGGAAGCACAAGAAGGAGACGGGAAAUCUUGAGACAUUUCUCUUCCCAAACCGGAUUUAUGUCCAAGAUGACGAAAAAGCUGCUGAUCGAUGUUGACUGUGGAGUGGAUGAUGCCCAGGCAAUUAUGAUCGCUCUCGCCGCCCCUAAUGUGCAGGUCCUCGGCAUCACCUGUACGCAUGGAAACACGGUUGUGGAUAACGUCUGCAAGAAUGUCCUGCGUGUCCUUCAAGUUUGCGGUCGGCUAGAUAUUCCUGUGUUCAGAGGGGCCACCAAGCCCAUAUUGGGAAUCUCUAUCGAAGCAGGACACUUUCAUGGUGAAGAUGGACUUGGUGACGCUCCUGACCCCAAUGCCCCUGGCUUGGAUCUGCUGCAGAAAGAGGGAGCUGUGCAGGCCAUGAUCCGAAUAGUGAACGAACAUCCAGGCCAGGUGUCUUUGGUUGCCACAGCCCCACUCACUAAUUUGGCUUUGGCCAUAAGGAUUGAUCCCUCAAUUUCCCAAAAACUUAAAGGGCUUUACAUUAUGGGAGGGAACACCGAAUCACGAGGUAACACUACAAUCGUUGCAGAGUUCAACUUUGCCUGUGACCCUGAGGCAGCAUAUAUAGUGCUGAACGAUUACCUCUGCCCAACUUACAUAGCAUGCUGGGAAUUCACCUGUCGCAGUAAACUCCCCUGGGAGUUUUGUGAUGACUGGCUGGCCCAAGACACAGAGAAAGCGCGUUUCAUGGCGCGCAUUUUCAAACACAGCAUUGAGGCUUGCAGGAGUGAACGGAUUGAGAAGGAGCUAGUGGACGGCCAGGGCUUCAUAUCUUGUGACUCCUACGCCAUGGCGGCAGCCAUCGAUGACACGUUCAUACUUGAAAGUGACUACGUACCAAUCACUGUAGAACUCUCUGGCAGCUAUGCUCGUGGAAUGAUGGUAAUGGACACACUGGACAUACUGAAAAAGACUCACAAAGCUACGGUCAUGAAGAAGGUGGACCUGGAGAAGUUCAAGAAGAUGUUGAUGGACUCUUUAAAAUAAGAUCACCUCUUAAUUGUGGAGCCUGUUGUGUUGUUUCAGAUUGUGGCCUUACAUUUUCUUUAACACAGCCAGCUCUGUCCAAUUUGUAUGUUGGUUGUGGUGGAAUUGAGAACAAGCACAAUUUAAGACGUCCAAACACUUAUGAAUUUUCAAAUGGAAGCAUUCCAUUCACUAGAAAUAAGAUAAUAGAAAGGUUUUGAUGAUGAUAUUGUCAAAUAUCAUCAUCAAAUUAUUUCAUUACAUAGAUUCACAUGAAACUAAUUAUGGAUAACUGACCAUCAAAGCAUUCAGUGCUGCCUUAGGAGGAACAGAGUUAAUAUUUUUACUGACCUUUGAUAAGGAGAUUUGCAGAACACAAUAAAUGUAAUUGUACCAUAAUUUGUUUACUGUAACUUAUUAAAUAAACUGUACAAGGAUGACAAGAGUUAUACAAAACAACAUAA